ACUCAAAACAUUUUAUCUCACAAAUAGGCCAAGGACAAAUAUGAUUCCACAUAUAUCUGAUUGAUGAUGAGCUGAUGAGAUGGAUGGGGUGGUGACACAGCCCUGGGUUAGACCUGUACCAUGAACCAUUACUGUUUAGUCCACCAGGAGGCGCUCCAGGUCCACAGAUGGGAGAGAAGCUGGUGGUCAGAGGUAAAGGAUGACAGGAUGGAGGAGGACAAUAAGCUGAGGAAGCUGUGUGAACCUUGGAGGCUGCUGCAGAACAAUCUACUUCAUUUCUUGGCCUCUUCUGAUCCGAACAUUUCCGUUGUCUGUCUGUCUGUCUCCACUCAGCUCAACCUGCUGAAGGAAAUCCAUCAGGAUGAAAUGGGUCGCAUCUCUGAAGACCUGGAGGAUGAACUGGGAGCGCGGACCAGCAUGGACAAGAAACUGGCCGAGUUGCGAGCCGAGAUGGAGAGGCUACAGGUGGAGAACGCUGCCGAGUGGGGGCGCAGGGAACGCCUGGAGACGGACAAGCUGGCCCUGGAGAGGGACAACAAAAAACUGCGAGCUCAGGUGGAAGACCUGGAGGAGCAGUUGGCGAAGAAACGCCGUCAGGCCGCCUCGGCACUGGACUCGGACCUGAAGGCCAUCCAGAGCGAGCUGUUCGAGAGGAACAAGGUGGGUACCAUGGUUCCCCAAAGCAACGGCUUCCACUUCAUUUGCUUUCUUUGCUUUGGUGCCAACAGGAAGAUCCUGGAGACCUUCAUGGUGCUUCUCAGAUUCCCCAUGAGGGCUUAG